UUUACCCGUGAUCGCAAAGCUGAUCAAGGCCUAGUCAGUGUUUCAUACGCGUUGGAAUCCAGCCAGGUAAAAGUAUUGAACUUGUCGUUCCUCUCUGCUCUCUGUUAAGUCCCUGUCUAUCAGUAAUAAAUGAUGUGGAUGUAUCAUGUGCAGCACAUAAUGACAGCUGUGAGGUAGGUCUUUUGUGGCAGACAGAAACUGAUCGGCUUCUUUAAAAGAAUAUGUAGUCGGACAAAAUGGCGGCAUUACCCUUCAUGGUUAGAAACAGACAUGACAAUUCCGCUCUUAGUGUCACUUAUAAUGAGGACAGACAGACGUUUAGUGUAGCUUAUCAUUGUACAAAACCAAAGAAGGAGUGUCUGAUGGCCGUGUUCACCUUAAAUUUGAAAGAGACGUCCCCCGAGGGUGAAGUAAAAUACACACCUUGGCUGAUAACUUCACCUUUCCUGCAGGCAAAGUUUAAACUACCUCUAGCUCCGUACCUUUUCUCUCCUGAGAUUUGUGUUGCGCCUGCGCCAUGUACAAAUGAUGUUCGGGUUACGGGUAGUAACACUGCCCAGUGUGUCGUGAGGGUUCAUUUUACGAGAAGCACAGGAGUAGCAAAUUUACCGUAUAUCGGCGUCGUCGAGACUCAUGACAUUGCGGAGCUUGUCGGCCUCGGACCCAAAAUGACUGCCAUCUGUUUGUACAACAGAGCCUUGGAGUUUCAUAGAAAGCGAGUGUGGCGGUCCAUGGAGCUGGCAACGUGUUUGUAUCGGAAAAAAACGAAGGAAUAUUUUGGAGACAUAUUCCUAAACCACGGCGGUGUUAUGCACCCCUACCUAAAAGACAACACUGGCGACCCAAAGUGUCCUAUUACCAACAGACUUAAGGGGCUGUUUUUCUCCACGGCUAUUUCAGGAGCACAACUCCCUUCGUCCUUUGGGCCUCAUCGAUUCGUGGUACCGCUGAUAGCGUUACUGCAAAAUAUGGGACCGUGGCAGUUCUAUUUUGCAGACUUCUAUUGCUUGGACAAAGACAAAAGGUUCCAUCAUGUAAAUCUUGUCCUUUGUGAAAAAGACACAGAUGCUUAUAAAAUGUGCGAAGAGUGUUUACUGAGGUUACCCUCAGAAAAUCCUUUCUUGCAAGUGGCAGCCGAUCAUUCUAAAUGUCUUGUCAAUUCUCACAUCAAGGUAGAAAUAAUUUAUACCAAAGAGAUUGAUAUCGUCAGAAUGUGCCGGGAUAUGGGUGCAGAAAUGCAAACUGUGCCAUCGUACGAAACCUCAGACCCACGAGGAAUUCCCAAGAACCCAAAAUGUCUGAACUGCAAUAUAGCGUCAUUUGAGCAAUGGUGCACAAGUUUGUAAUCCUGAUUUGUUGAUGAUUUAAGUUAUAUCAUGAAAGAUUUUCAUGAGUAUAAGUUUGUCAGUAUAUCAUUAAUUAUAAAUAUAUCAGUCAAUAUCC